AUGAAGAUAAUUUGGGAGGCUAAAAAGUCUGAAGAUCUAGAACUUAUGAAUCAGUCAUAUUAUGAUUUUAAGCACAUGUAUCUUACUGCUACUUAUGGUCAACAAUCUCCACCUCUCUAUUUCUUUGUUCCUUCCUUUGAUAUAACAUUAUUAGUUAGUACUACUUUCUCUUAUAUAUCAACCCAAAAUCACUCUUCAACUUUGUCUCUCUGCUCCUCAACUAUCAUACUCUUUAUUAGAGAAAUGGAGGUAGUGAUACCUGCGGUUCCAAUCAUGGAUUUCGAGUUCAACAGUGUAAGAUCAUCUCCAUAUUUGAGUGCUCCAACGUCACCAAAGCGAUUUGGUGAUGAUGUCUUCUUUACAAGUGCACCGACAAGUCCCUCGCGCAUCUCUCAGUUCUAUAGUGAAUUUGACAACUUGUAUACGAGGAAUGAUGAUGAGUAUUCAUCAACGAUUCCUUUCGAUUGGGAAGAAAAGCCUGGUACACCAAAAUCACAAUCUCCCACCAGGGCAACAACCACUACAGAUAAUGAAGAUGAUUUUGCUUUUAAUUUCAGCGAGGAAAAGGAGAAAGAAUCCCUCACUGCUGAAGAACUCUUUGAUGGUGGCAAAAUCCGUCCAUUGAAGCCUCCACCAAGAUUACAACUUGACGACUACUCUACUCUGAAGAGCCCACUUUUGUCUCCAAGGUCACCGAGAUCGCCCAUAUCUCAAGGUAAAAAGAUUAUCCGUCAAGUUUUUUCACCUAGAAGCAGAAAAGAUGUCGACCCAUUUGCGGCUGCAGUUGAAAAUACUCGGAAUCAAACUCAAAAUGAUAGAGGAAGAGAGAGUAGAGUUCCAGAUUUAUCGAAAAGUUCGAGCCGUAGAGCAACAAGAUCACUCUCUCCAUUUAGAGUAUCUGCGUAUCCAUGGGAAGAAGAAGAAAAGCAACAGCAACAGCAACAAGCUACGAAACAGUCAUCAUUUAAUUCAAAGUCAUCAUCAUCUUCUUCGAAGAGUUCUUCAAGAAAAUGGAGAUUGAGGGAUUUUCUUCUGUUUCGAAGCGCGUCUGAGGGACGGUCAACAGAUAAAGAACCCAAGUAUAGAGCUUUGUUCAAGAAAAAUGAAGAUAUGAAGAACUCUAGUUUCCGGUCAACUGACAGCUCUGCCGAGUCAGUGUCUGGGUCAAGAAGGAGAGGACAGGUUUCGGCACAUGAGUUGCAUUAUACAAAAAAUAAAGCUGCAUCAGAGGAUUUGAAGAAGAGAACUUUCUUGCCAUACAAACAUGGAAUAUUGGGGAGACUGGCCAUUAAUCCUCUUGCAAAUGGAUUUCGAUCAUGAAACUUAGAGACCUAAUUAAUAUUAUAUUAUAUGUUGCUGUAAUUAAAUUGUAGUUCUUUGCUUUGUUCCUAUUGUUAAGUGUAGAGUUUACAUAACGGAACAAAAUGUAUAAGUGUUACGAGCCAUGGAAAUUUGCUUUCAAUUUUUGAUUGAAUUUUCUAUGCAUA